AGCGCAUCACGCAGACGGUGGAGAUCACCAAGCACGUGGUGGACAUCGAGGAGAAGGGUGUCAAGCUGCGCCUGACCAUUGUGGACACACCGGGCUUUGGUGACGCCGUCAACAACACCGAGUGCUGGAAGCCGGUGGCCGACUACAUCGACCAGCAGUUCGAGCAGUAUUUCCGCGACGAAAGUGGCCUCAACCGGAAAAACAUCCAGGACAACCGCGUCCACUGCUGCAUCUACUUCAUCUCGCCCUUUGGCCACGGGCUCCGGCCCCUGGACGUGGAGUUCAUGAGAGCCCUGCACCAGCGGGUGAACAUCGGGCCUGUGCUGGCCAAGGCUGACACCCUGACCCCCACCGAGGNNNUACGGCCGAGGAGACGCAUGUGGAGGGAUGUGGGCCACGGUGGGCAGGGCCGAGCCCUGCUAGCCCCCGUCAUCCUCUUGCAGGAGAGCAUCCCCUUCGCCGUCAUCGGCAGCAACACGGUUGUGGAGGCCAAAGGCCGGCGCGUCCGUGGGCGCCUCUACCCCUGGGGCAUCGUGGAAGCUGCUCCCUCGGCUGCUCCUGGUCGCCCGCGGCACGUCUGGGCUGGGACGAGCGCCAGCUGCCUCCUUCCUGAGACACACCAGUUUUGGUUUUCCACCGAGCUGAGUGGUGCAGUGGAUACGCGGGAGGGAAGGGGUGGCAUCCAGAGGGACCUGGACGGGCUGGAGGAGUGGGUCCAUGAGACCCUCAUGAAGUUCAACCAGGCCAAGUGCAAGGUCCUGCACCUGGGUUGA